UUUCGAAAUUUUUUCUUUUUUUCGUUCGGUUUUGUUUAUCUUUUUCUCUUUUGUUUUCUUUUCAGGUGAUUUUUUAAAUUCUUUUCCUUUUUUUAGUUUAAUGUUUCCAUUUUUAAGAAAGAAAUUUUGUUAUUUUUUCUUUUAUUCUCAAAAUUUUUUCGUCUUCUUCUUCCACCAUGAGUGACUCUCGUCCCAUGGAAACAAAGUUAAUGUAUUACAACGGCAACGAUGAUAUUCCAACUCUCAUUCGACUCGCUGUCUCACCUAAUCAAGUGACUCUAAGUGAUUUUAAAUCUGCUCUUAAUCUCAAAUCAAAUUGUAAUUAUAAGUUUUUCUUUAAGACAGAAGAUGCUGAUGUUGGUGUAGUUAAAGAGGAAAUAAGUGAUGAUAAUGCCAAACUCCAUGUUUUCAAAGGUAACAUUAUUUGUUACAUUGAAUCUCAAGCUAAUGAUGUAACUAAUUGUUCCGACGGACGUAGUAGUCAUCGUCGUAAUCAUCGUGGACUUUACCAUCGAUCUCACCAUCAUCAUGGUUCAUCUCAUUAUUCUAGUAUAUCUGAUGAUUAUAUGGACGAUGAUAAAAGCUCAAAGAUCUCAUUUUCAACCCAUGAAACCUCUGUUAGCCGUUAUAAUCCAAGACGAGAGAGAGUCAUGUCCAAUUCAUCUUCCAUUUCCAGUGUUUCUGAAUCAUCUGCCAUUGAACGUUCAAUUAAAACGAUUAUUCUUGAUUUAGAUGAAAACAAUUUUCUUGGUAUGAGUUUAAUUGGUCAAUUCGGUGAUCCUGAAAAUAGUGGUAUUUAUGUUGGAUCAAUUAUGAAGGGUGGAGCAGUUGCUGCUGAAGGAACCAUUCAAACAGGUGAUAUGAUAUUACAGGUGAACGAGCACAUUUUGUCAAAUAUGACCAACGAUCAAGCGGUUGAAAUACUUCGUGAAGCGGCUCAAAGAGCGGGUAAAAUUGAGCUUGUGGUGGCAAAAUUUAUCGAACCGAAUGCAAAAAGUUAUUUUACUAUUCCUCGAGAAGAACCAAUUCAACCUCUCAACUUAGAAGCUUGGAUUCAGACAACCGAAGCUGCGAGAUUAAAUGCUCAUCCAAAAUUAGAGGGAACACCUUCCGAAUCCGCUUCGAUCUCUGUCAGUCAUUCACCGAUGCCAAGUUCUUAUGCUAGACCAGAACAGCGACAAUUAAUAUCUGAACUGAACCUCGUCAAUUGCACCAUGUCUACAGUCGCUAAAAAUGCCGCUUCCAGUGACAGUGGAUUGAUUGUGAAAGACAGGAAAUGGUUGAAAAUUAUUAUUCCAAAUGCCUUUUUAGGAGGUGAUUUAGUUAACUGGUUGACCACUAAAGUAAAGGGACUCGCUCGUCGGAGAGACGCUCAUGCUUACGCUAAACAAAUGAUGGCUCAUGGGCUCAUUAAACCAACGGUGAACAAAAAAUUCUCGGAGUUUUGUUAUUUCACUUUCGAUGAAAGUGUCACUUGCGAAUCGAGUAAUGAGGAUUCGGCUUUCUGUUCACAAACUUCGUUCAACUGAUUUCUCUCUCAAUCUCAUUAUCGUGUUUUUUAUUUUGAUUUUGUAUAAUGUUUGCCUAUUAUCAUGAUCUUCAUCAUCAUCAAUUCUUUUUAUUCCAUACAUUGGAGGAGACCAUUUUUUUUGCAUCCAGCGAAAUUGUGACAUUUUUUUCAUUUACAAUCAAACCAUACGAAUUUUUUUUAUAAAUUUAUGAAAAUAUGAGUUUGUUAUUAUGACUCUGGUUUCAUGUUUGUUUUUCAAUUGUCCCAACGAUAUUGAACUUAUCAAAAUCGUCUUUGAGCAAUUUAAUAGCAAUUAAUACACAAUAUGUGAUAAAGAUGUAAAAUUUAGUAAAAAAUAAAUCGUUUUUCAGACAAA